CGUAAGAUAAAUCGCAAUGGUUUACCCACUUGUUAUAGUCGUUGCAGGCUUUGCCAUGUUUUCGAUAUCUCAUGGAUUGCCCAUCGGAUCAGGUUUCGAAUCAAAAAAUCCCAAAGAAAGAAGAGAUUGGACUACCACAAGAAGAACUGGACUUGAUACAAAGCUCAAAUAUAAUGCAGAUGUAAAAUGGCAGAAUGAAGCUGAAUCUAGUGGUGUUGUGAAAACGUCCAGAAAUUUGCUUCAAGAAAUGAAUCUCUAUGACGGUGUCCUGAAAACCUCCCUCAACAUCGAAUUAGGUAAAAAAUCUAUAAAGAACAGUAAUCGACAUCGCAGAAAAAUUGCUGUUAAAAUGAUAUCCGAUAUAACAUCGGAAAAAAUUGAUGAUUUAUUGAAACUAUUCAAUGAGAAGUAUGGGAUUGAAAAUCACAAUGAUGCAGAUGAAGGCGGCGAAGACAACGAAGAAUACAAUGAUUUAUCUCUAAAAACACCUUCAGCGGCUGAUCUUGACUACAUGUAUGAAAACCUCUACGAGGACGAAAAAGAUUUGGAUGUCCCAGUGAAGUCGCGCCUGAAUUCGGAGUUUGGUUCAUUGCAGGAUCUUAUACUUCAAGCCACUCGAAACUACUGGGAACGUGAAAUGGAUGAAACACGAUUAUACAUUCCAUCCAAUAAGAAUUUUUUUUAGAAUGUAUUAUUCUCCUGUGAAUUAUAUCAGUGCAAUAUAUUAUUUAUUGUGACGUUGCAUAUGUAGCAACAUCGACAAGGGAAUGUUAAGGUUGACUCCUCAAAACAUGUUCAAUAUGCCUCUAACGGAUGGGGGAAUAGUUAAAUUGCGCAGUCGGUAAUAUGAGAGUGUAUACAUUGCACAUGUACAUGUUAGCGUAUCCAAAGUUCAAACCAAAAUGUAGAUCAACUAACGGUAUUUUAAGUAUUAUUUAUUUUUGUU